AUGGCUUGUUUAGCUCAAAUUCAAUGUACAGUGGCUAGUUUCCAUCAAUCGAAUUCUAAUUGUCAAUUGUUUGCUGAUUUAUCAAAUCAAAAUGGAAAUAUGUUAUUACCUAAUAUAGAGAUUAUUACAAUGAUUGUUAUAAGUGGCACAAGAAUUCCAUCUGCACCAACUACAACGUCAACAACAACAACCUCAACAACAACUUCAUCGACAUCCUCAACUUCAACAACAACAUCAUCAACUUCCUCAUCAACAACAUCGACAUCGACAUCAACAACAUCGUCAUCAACAUCAUCGACAACGACAUCAGCAUCAACUUCAACAUCAUCAACAUCAUCAUCAACAUCAACAACAGCAACAUCAUCAACAACGACAUCAACAUCAACAACAUCAAAAACAACAACAACUGGUUGGGCAAAUCCUCAAUGA